AUGUGCCACUUUCAGGUCUCCUCACACUGCUGGUGUGUUGAAUUUUUUGACAUAGGGUGCUGGCAGAUUACGGGCCUCCCAUAGCUGCUGCCAGGCCCCUAAUCUGCCAUGGGCCCCUAUAUACCGCCUCCUCAUGCUGCUGCCAAGUCCAGAGUCUCUCAUGGGUCCCUGUACGGCCUCCCAUUGCUGCUGUCUCCAUCGCCACACUCUGCCAUGUGCCACUUUCAGGUCUCCUCACACUCCUGCUGGUUUCCAUUUUGUCAUAGGUUGCUGUAUGGCCUCCCAUUGCUGCUGCCUCCACCGCCACACUGUGGCUCCAAACACUGGUUUUGGCCCCGUGACUGGCCAAAUGAGUGAAGUGUGCGGUGAUUCUAAGAUCGACGGCACUCAUCUGCAUGUCAUACUG